GACUUCGUCCGUUCACUAGCUCCAGACUAUGAGAUCCCGGAGGCUGGAGAUUUGGCCGGUCUUGUUGACGCUGAUCAACAACAGCAACAGCAACAACAACAACAGCAGUCCGAACAGCAACAGCAGCAGCAGUGAAUAGCU